AUGAUUUCCUUCACUUCAUUUUGGAUCAUCUUUGGUCUCAUUUCCUCAUGUCUCGGUCAAGCCUAUUGGUAUGAAACAAUUGCCCAUCAGGGAGUCGCUCCUUAUAAUCCCCAAGGGACUGCAUAUCAAGUGUUCAGAAAUGUGAAGGACUUUGGAGCCACAGGCAACGGUGUAACCGAUGAUACAGCUGCGAUUAAUGCAGCAAUUGCGUAUGGAUCUCGCUGUGUCGAAGGAGUUCCAGGAGUUGGAUCCACUGCUGGUUUUGUAGGUCUAGCACUUAUUGAUGCCGACCCUUAUGGAUCAUCUGUACCAGAUUAUGGAACUACGAAUGUAUUUUAUCGUCAAGUACGAAAUUUUAUCAUUGACACUACAAAUAUGCCCGCUACUUCGUUGGCACGAGGUAUUCACUGGCCAACAUCUCAAGCAACCAGUCUCCAAAAUAUGGUUUUCAAUCUCAAUAAAGCGAGUGGUACUUUACAUCAAGGAGUUUUCAUAGAAAAUGGCUCUGGUGGUUAUUUGAAUGAUCUCAUCUUCAAUGGUGGUCAAUAUGGCAUGAGUGUUGGAUCGCAGCGAUUCACCUCGCGAAAUUUAACAUUCAAUAAUUGCGGGACCGCUAUAUAUCGACUUUGGGGUAAUUUUCCUUCAUCUUACUCUAAUUAUAAUACUGACAAUUUAAGAUUGGGAUGGACAUAUAUGGGAUUAUCAAUCAACAACUGUGGUGUAGGUCUCGAUAUGUUUGAUGGAGGCUCUACAGCACAACAAGUUGGAUCAGUAACUGUCAUUGACAAUACUUUCUCUAAUACUCCUAUUGGUAUCCUUACUGCUCGAAGCAGUACAUCACUUCCUCUUACCGCUGGAAGUUUAGCCAUCGAAAAUGUGGUUUUCACUAAUGUACCAACCGCAGUAGAAGGUGCAAAUAGUGUAUCUUUAGCAGGAAGCACCGGUUCCAUGACAGUCGCUGCUUGGGUGCAAGGUAAUACCUAUAGUCCUACAGGUCCCACUUCAACUCAAGGUGCAACAUCUGCUUUCCCUCGUCCAGCAUCAUUGCUCAGUGGUACAAGAUAUUAUACUCGAUCUAAAUCUCAAUACAACGCUCUUGCAGCCACUCAAUUUGUUAGUGUUCGUACAGCCGGAGCUAAAGGCGAUGGGGUAACGGAUGAUUCAGCUGCUAUCCAAGCAAUCAUCACCUCUGCAACUGCUGCUGGUAAAGUGGUAUACUUCGACUCUGGUAUUUAUAAAGUAACCACCACAAUUUCUAGUCCAGCAGGUGCUCGAAUUGUCGGAGAGACUUAUCCCGUAAUAAUGGGAUCUGGAUCCUUCUUCGCCAAUAUGGCUGCUCCUCAACCAAUUAUACGAAUCGGAUCCACAAGUGGCCAAACCGGUAUUGUAGAAUGGUCAGAUAUGAUUGUAUCAACGCAAGGCGCCACAGCAGGAGCAACACUCAUCCAAUGGAAUCUCGCAUCUACAUCUACCACGCCUUCCGGAAUAUGGGAUGUGCAUACCCGACUUGGUGGGUUUGAUGGUAGCAAUUUACAGGUUGCUCAAUGUCCCACGACAGGUACCCAACCGAAUCCUAAUUUCAUCGCUGCAUUUAUGAGUAUGAAAAUCACUAGUAUCGCGAGUGGAUUGUAUAUGGAAAAUGUAUGGUUGUGGAAUGCAGAUCAUGAUAUUGAUGAUGUGAUUGAUACUCAAAUCUCUAUCUAUAGUGGAAGAGGAUUAUCGGUCGAGAGUACUACUGGAAACUUCUGGCUGAUUGGAACAGCUGUCGAACAUCACGCGCUUUAUCAAUACCAAUUCGCCAACACUCAAAAUGUAUUUAUGGGAUAUAUCCAGACGGAAACCCCUUACUACCAACCCGUCCCCCAAGCAACCUCACCCUUCCCCCCAGUCACCACCCUCAACGACCCCGAUUUCGCCACUUUCUGCGCCGGCAAAUCUGCUACAUGUUAUGACGCAUGGGGAUUACGCAUUUUAGAUUCCCAGAAAAUGCUCGUCUACGGCGCUGGUUUUUACAGUUUCUUUAACAAUUAUAGUCUUAGUAAAUUUUCCCUCCCCUCAACCGAUUAUCUCCCAUUCCCUUUCUAUCUCUUCUCUCCAUCCCUCAAACUAACAAUCCCCUCCCCUCGCCCCACAGCAUGCUCCAACCACACCAGCACAACUUACAACAGUAACUGCCAGACCCAAAUUUUCGAUAUCGAUGAAGGCGGGUCCGCGACGGAAGCAUAUGCAGGUUCGACGGUGUAUGUAUAUGGAUUGAAUACGCUGGGGGUGGAAAGUAUGAUUGACAUGAAUGGGAAGAGUGUAGCAAGUUAUACCGCGAAUGAGAAUGUUUAUGGGGCGAAUGUGGUGAGGUUUGUUAGUUAGUUGGAGGCGGUGUUGGAGAAAGAGGAAGGGAAAGAGUGGGAAGGAGGUUGAAGGUAUAUAUUAGGAUGAAGAAACGCACCAAGAGUUUUUGUAUAUAAUCCAUUUCCAUUCAAUCACUAAU